AUGCUUCUCCUCAGCCCCUCGCCGCCGGCUCCUGCCGCCGCGGUAACCGUCCCCCGUCGUAUCCUCCUUACUCCCCACAGGCGCCUCAAGGCUACGUCCACCCCACCGCGCCUCGCCUGCCUCCGCCUUCGCCCCGCGGCCCCGCUCCGCGGCAUUCCGUCAAAGACCGGGUGCCGCGCGGCAGCUGCCGAUGCCGAUGCAGCGCCCUCCCAAGUUCCAGGCGGCGAUGCUGGCGUGCGUGGCGCGAUGGUGCGCAUUGGGGAGGCUCUGUCGCUGGGGUUCCCGGUGUGGGUGGCGUCGGCCUGCGCGCUCGCUCUGUGGAGGCCGCCGGCCUUCCUCUGGGUCGGACCCACCGCGCAGAUGCUCGGCCUCUCCUUCACAAUGCUCGGUUGGCGCCUUCCUUCCCUUCCGUAG